AUGGGUGACAUCACGCUUCCCGGUGUGGAGAUGUCAGCUGAGGCGUGGGAGAACGACAGCUUGGCCAGCCCUUCCACUGGUCUCCCGCUGUUCCUGCUCAUGUUCAACGACAGCGAUCUGAAUGAGACGCUGUUCAACUUGACCAACUCCACCUUCCCAGAUGUCUCAUCGGGCCCCAGUGUAGCAGGAGUCCUCAUCCCACUUAUAUACAUCAUUGUUUGUGUCAUCGGCCUCGGCGGAAACACUUUGGUGAUUCACAUCGUCCUACACUACUCGAAGAUAGAGUCAGUGACCAACAUCUACAUUCUCAACUUAGCCAUCGCUGACGAGCUCUUCAUGCUCGGCCUGCCCUUCCUGGCAGUACAGAACACCUUGCAGUCGUGGCCUUUUGGUUCCUUCAUGUGCCGAAUGGUGAUGACCGUCGACUCCAUCAACCAGUUCACCAGCAUUUUCUGCCUGACAGUAAUGAGCAUCGACCGCUACUUUGCUGUGGUCCACCCCAUUAGAUCCUCCAAGUGGCGGCGUCCUCAGGUGGCCAAAGCGGUGAACGGCACGGUGUGGGCGCUGUCCUUUCUCGUCGUUCUGCCAGUGGUGAUCUUUGCAAAUAUCCAGAAGGCAGGAGGCACCUGCAACAUCUCUUGGCCCCAGCCGGCUAACAUAUGGAGGGCUGCCUUCAUCGUUUACACCUCCACUGUCGGAUUCUUCUGCCCUCUCCUAAUCAUCUGCCUCUGUUACCUGCUUAUUGUCUUCAAGAUCCGUAGCUCAGGUAAAAAAGUCCACGCCACCUCAACCAAGCGAAGGAAGUCAGAAAGGAAGGUGACUCGAAUGGUCGUGAUUGUUGUCGCCGUAUUUGUCUUCUGUUGGCUGCCUUUCUACGCCCUCAACAUCAUCAACCUGCUGGUGUCCCUGCCCUCAGAGUACCAGGGCCUUUACUAUUUUGUUGUCGUGCUUGGAUACGCCAACAGCUGUGCCAACCCCAUCGUCUAUGGCUUCUUGUCAGACAACUUCAAGAGGGGUUUCCGUAAAGCUCUGUGCCGCUCCACAAGGAAGGUGGAAAACCACGAUCCCGUGGAGCACCAACGGCAGGAGGAAGGAAGGAGGGCGCUCAUGCCCAGGGAGAGUCUCAGACGAGUCAUUAGGAAUGAAGAAGAGGAGGAUGAGGAAGACGUCUCAGAAAUGACUGAAAUCUACAGAAUCACACAGAAUGGAAACACCAGUUUCCAGCCUCAGAGCUCGCAGCCACCGUUUUUGGAGAAAGGAGCGACCCCCGGAGCAACGGAGCUGUCGUCCCCUGACAAGAAUGACAAGAACGGGGACACAAAAGGGAAAGAUCAGACCAGCAGGUCCGCACUGACUGUCCCACUUCUCAAUGGAGCCAAAAACGGGAGCAUUAAGACUCCACCAGAGGAAAAUGUAGAACAGGGCACCUCUUUGGAAAUAAGUUAUUUAUAG